AACUUACACUCUGUCUCUGCCUGCCUGCGAGCAAGCAGGACUUGACUCAGGAAUAUGAUGUCCAAACAGGAUGCUCUGGAAGCGGUGCUUUUUUUUUCCCGGUGGGGGCCGGACCUCGGUGCUUUAUAAGUGAGGGCUCAAGAAAGAACCUACAGCAUCUGGUAAAAGAACCUUACUUGGGGCUUGACCGCGCGGGAAUUGCUGCAGCUUUCACCGUGAGAAAGCAAGAUGCACUUUAGAAACGUUAACUACAGUUUUAGCUCCCUGAUUGCCUGUGUGGCAAACGGUGAGAUCUUCAACGAAAGUGAAACCAGGGCCAAAUUUGAAUCCCUCUUUAGGACAUAUGACAAAGAUAUCACCUUUCAGUAUUUUAAGAGCUUCAAACGAGUCAGAAUAAACUUCAGCAACCCAUUAUCUGCAGCAGAUGCCAGACUCCAGCUACAUAAGACUGAAUUUCUUGGAAAGGAAAUGAAAUUAUAUUUUGCUCAGACUUUACACAUAGGAAGUUCCCACCUGGCUCCACCAAACCCAGACAAGCAGUUUCUGAUCUCUCCUCCUGCCUCGCCGCCGGUCGGUUGGAAACAAGUGGAAGACGCCACUCCCGUCAUAAAUUAUGACCUUUUAUACGCUAUCUCCAAGCUGGGGCCAGGGGAAAAGUAUGAAUUGCACGCGGCAACCGACACCACGCCGAGCGUGGUCGUCCACGUGUGUGAGAGCGACCAGGAGGACAAGGAGGAAGAGGAGGUGGGAAGGACGAAGAGACCCAAACCCAAAAUUAUCCAGACCAGGAGGCCGGCGUACUCGCCCGUCCACUUCAGCUGAACCGGCGCCCGGACGAAGAAG